GGACUGGAGGGGUGGGGUUCCUAGGUCCAAAGAGGAGGCUCCCUAAAGAGGAACAAGUUUGAGUGAAGGGCUUGGGAGUUCGGACCACGCUGAUGAGGAAAACCUCUCCGUAUCCCGCCCCCCAGCAGCCUGUAGCGACCCCUGGACUGAGGGGGAGGGGCUCUGGAACCCGGAAUGGGGAGUCUGGGCGCGUGUCUGAGCCGCUCUGCUCCUGUUCUUACGCAGCUGGAACCCUACAUGGACGAGAACUUCAUCUCCAGAGCCUUUGCCACCAUGGGGGAGACCGUGAUGAGCGUCAAAAUUAUCCGAAACCGCCUCACUGGGAUCCCAGCUGGCUACUGUUUUGUAGAAUUUGCAGAUUUGGCCACAGCAGAGAAGUGUUUGCAUAAAAUUAAUGGGAAACCCCUUCCAGGAGCCACACCUGCAAAACGUUUUAAACUGAACUAUGCUACUUAUGGGAAACAACCUGAUAACAGCCCUGAGUAUUCCCUCUUUGUUGGGGACCUGACCCCAGACGUGGACGAUGGCAUGCUAUAUGAAUUCUUCGUCAAAGUCUACCCUUCCUGUCGGGGAGGAAAGGUGGUUUUGGACCAGACGGGCGUGUCUAAGGGUUAUGGUUUUGUGAAAUUCACAGAUGAAUUGGAACAGAAACGAGCCCUGACGGAGUGCCAGGGAGCAGUAGGACUGGGGUCUAAACCUGUGCGGCUGAGCGUGGCAAUCCCUAAAGCGAGCCGUGUGAAGCCAGUGGAAUAUAGUCAGAUGUACAGUUACAGCUACAACCAGUAUUACCAGCAGUACCAGAACUACUAUGCCCAGUGGGGCUAUGACCAGAACACAGGCAGCUACAGCUACAGUUACCCCCAGUAUGGCUAUACCCAAAGCACCAUGCAGACAUAUGAAGAAGUUGGAGAUGAUGCAUUGGAAGACCCCAUGCCGCAGCUGGAUGUGACUGAGGCCAACAAGGAGUUCAUGGAACAGAGUGAGGAGCUGUAUGAUGCGCUGAUGGACUGUCACUGGCAGCCCCUGGACACAGUGUCUUCAGAGAUUCCUGCCAUGAUGUAGCCAGGACAAAGGACAAGCCAGGAUGGACUACGUGAGGGAGAUGAGACUUUUUUUAAAAAACUGUGCAACGUUUUGGAAGUAUGACUUGUAAGGUUUUAAUAAUGACUGAGAUUGAACAUUUCUGCAACAUGCUGCCUUCAUUUGACAGUGAGCCACUUGUUUGAAAACCAAGGGACCAACUGUUGAACAAGGUUCAAA